ACGUCAAGGUGGUGGCUGAGCAGUAAAAAGUGCACGUACCCACCAGUUUCACAUCUGCCAAUACGAGAAUCAAUCAUUUUUCCUUCACUAGGAUGAAGUCGUCGUCACGAUCUAGGCUAUGCUCUUAGGGCUGCAGGAACUUAUUUCUUGGUCCCAGAGCUUGAGUGAAGUAAACCUAACUCAGAAUCAGCCUUGUCUCCACUACUCAAUUUAAUUUCCCUUUAACCUUCUUAUUAUAGACUCGAUGGUGACAUUAUGUAAACAGACCUCGAUGAAACUGGAGGCACGUAAGUCUGCUAACUACUUUAAGAAGGCAGUUACUGUGAUAAUGCAUCUGGCCUCAUUGUGAAAAAAAUUCACGAAACGCCUGAGAGACAAGAUUGGUUGGUCACAUACCUAUCCAGCUGUCAUGUUUUCUUUCACCCCCUUUAGCCCCGCCCCGCGGGAUACUAUGACUUCCAAUUCGUCCAGAGGCAGCCCAGACAGUCAUGAUCUGUAUAUAGUGCCUAACAUAAUCAUAUCACGAAUAUCUUCAUCCUUCACACAUCAUGUUCUCAUCCACAAGACUAUGGGUCCGGCAACUACAAGCCCUGACAAGGAAAAUCUUCCUGAUUACACUCGUCAAGCACUGGCUCUCAACACUCCUCCGAGCUCUCCUCAUCCCCGUCCUGAUUCUCGUUCUGGUCCUCCAAAUCCAGAACUUCACAGGCGAUGGAAGCAGGUAUGGCGUUGGAGAGCCAUCCCCCAUUCCAAACCUUGCUGAGAAUCUGCCCCCUGGUACAAAACUUGUCUUUGUGCAGGGCUCGAACGCGGGGUCUGAUGUUGGUGGUGUUAUCACCAAGAUUAAAGAUGGUUUGAAGGGGAGCGUUGAAGUUGCUGAUAGUGAAACUGAUUUACGAAAACGCUGCCCUACGAGUUUAAGCGGUGUGACGAAUUGUUACGCUGCUGUUAUUUUCAACGAUUCACCUCUUAGCAAAGCAGGUAACAAGACGUGGAGUUAUACCAUCAGGGUUAGUUCAGCACGAGCAUCAACCAAAUUCGACAUUGCCACGCCUUCGAAGAACCACUACGCACCGCUCCAACUCGCUGUCGAAAACGCAAUCACGAAUUCAACCACGACUCCGAACAGUUACAUGUUUACACGGAUAACGCAAGAUGAAGCUGCUGAGAUAAAGCGUCGCAAUUUUGCGGCUACUAUGGUCGGUGGUUUUGGGAUCGUGUGUUUUCUGAGUAUGAUUUCGUCGGUGUUUCAUAUCAUUGGAAUGAUAUCGACUGAGAGAGAGGCGGGGAUGGCGCAGUUGAUUGAUGUUAUGACUGGUGGUGCUGCGUCGGCGAGGGUGUUGAGCUAUCUUAUUGCUUUUAAUAUCAUUUACUUGCCGAGUUGGAUCAUAUUUGGAGCUUUGUAUGCGACCCUCCUCGUCCCGACCUCGAAUGCUGGAAUCGUCAUUCUCUGGCAGAUCCUCUCCGGUCUAUCCCUCACAAGCAUGAGUGUAUUCGCAGCCACCAUCAACAUCCGAUAUACCGCCAUAUCCAUGGCCAUCGUCUUGAUGCUCCUCGCCACCCUCUGCGAAAACCUCGAUUCGAAACCCGAAAACGUUCCAGCGCUUGUCGUCCUAAUCCUAUCCGCGAUCUUUCCCAGCUCGAGUUACAUAUUCUUCCUGAACCAACUCUGUCGAAACGAAGCCCAAGGUCUCGCAACGAACAUCUCGAAGCCAGCUCCCCAUCAUCCACGUAUAUACGAAGUUACAGUCUCUAUGUUAUGGGGCCUGUUGCUUCUAACAAUAGUGUUCUAUCCCUUGCUUGCUAUCCUUAUUGAGAAGUGCUCUCAUGGUGUUAGCAACAAGGGUAGGAAGUUCACAAACGCCAACGGAACGAGCGAUUCUUCAACAGCCCUCGAAAUUGUCGACCUCACGAAAACAUACAAGCCUUCCUUAUGGAGACGAUGUUGCCGGAGGGCUCGUCCAACGAUAGCUGUCAACUCACUUAGCUUUUCCAUGCAGAGAAAGCAAGUCCUGUGUCUGCUCGGCAUCAAUGGAUCUGGCAAGACAACAACACUAGGUCUAAUCGCUGGUACACAAAAGCUCACAAGCGGCUCGAUAAAUGUCAACGCCCCUCGCUCCAAUCUUGGCAUCUGCCCCCAACGCAACAUCCACUGGCCCGAGCUUUCAGUCCUCGAACACGGUAGACUAUGGGCUAUGAUGAAAGGCGGAGCCACAGAUACCCAAUCCCUAGAUUCCCUCGUCGAAUCCUGUGAUCUUUCCCUAAAGAAGCACAGUCCUGUCGGUAUACUCAGUGGAGGUCAGAUGAGAAAGGUCCAAAUGCUGUGUAUGUUAGCAGGCGGUAGUUCAAUCUGCCUCAUGGACGAAGUCACCACUGGGAUGGAUCCUGUCUCUCGAAGAGCAAUGUGGAACAUUAUCCUCGCCGAACGUCAGAAGCGAAGUCUUAUCCUCACGACUCACUUCCUCGACGAAUGCGAAGUUUUAGCCGAUCAAGUCGUCAUUGUGUCGCAUGGCCAUGUCAAGUGUCAGGGUUCAACAGCAGCAUUGAAGAAUCUGCACGGAGGAGGGUAUCGAGUCCAUUUACCGGGCGUUCAGGACCCACCGGCCACGCCAUAUGUUACGGCUGUACAUCAGGGGCAGACUGUGUUUAACACUCCUGACUCGACAUCUGCUGCAGCGCUUUUGACAUCCUUACAAGGGGCAGGAUACUCUGAUACAUCAUUGAGUGGACCUACUAUGGAAGAUGUCUUCCUCAAGGUCGCUGAUGAAGGUGAUGAUGAUGAUGUUGGAGUUUCUGACCGGAGUCCUUUUCUUGAAGGUAGUGAGACACCGGACUGUCAACUCAGUUCAGGAACACAAGCUUCAUUCCUACAACAACUCUCAGCUCUCCUCCUCAAGCGUUUGUUAGUUCUGAAGAGAGGGUUCUGGUGGUACAUCCUCGCUUUGGCGAUCCCACUAAUCUUCACACCCGUCUUCAGCGCCAUGGCCAACGAUCCAACGCCCUUCCAACCAACACCAUGCGUAUCAACCGACUCAUCCAUCCUCGAAGAACCAUGGCCCAUAGCUCUUCGUCCAAAUGGCUACUACGAUCUCGCAGGUUCUGAUAACAUCUCCAUGCUCGUCGGCUCAAGCUCUCUUAACAAGACUCUCUUUCGCUCAUUGUCAAAGUAUCCUAUCGGAAAGGAGUAUGAUAUGAAGGCUUAUCCAGAUCAAUUCAAGUUUCAAGAUGACUAUGAUGCUUUCUUGAAACAAGUUCGUGAUAAGCCGAGACAACUUGUACCAGGCGCACUGUACAUGGAUGGGAAGGAUAAAGAUACGCUUACGUAUAACGCUGAGCAUGGGGCUGAUGGAUCGAUGUUGAUGUUGAAUAUGUGGAGUCAGCUCAAGAGCGAAACUCCAAUUUCUUUGUCUUUUGCAUACUUCAGCUCUUCGAUACCGUCUGACCCUGGCCCCGGCAUGUUUCUUGCUAUCCUACUCACCGUCUUGCACGUCCUCUACCCAGCAUUCUUCGCUCUAUACCCCGCGUACGAACGACUUCGAAAGAUUCGAACCCUACAAUACUCUAACUCGAUCCAGCCUCUUGCUCUGUGGACAUCACACAUCAUCAUCGAUAUAGCAUUUGUACUCAUUAUCUCCUGUCUGUCUACCUUGUUUAUUUCUUUGAUCAUUCUAAAGUGGUACGGCGUUUGGCACCUCUUCCCUGUCAUGCUUCUGUACGGCUUUGCAAUGAUGCUUUGGUGCUACAUCAUUUCUCUUUUUGCUCGAUCAGAACUCUCUUCUUUUGGCAUAUCCUUUUGUGUUUCGCUUUUGAUGUUUGGUAUCUCCGUCGCAGGACUCAUGAUUGCCUCUGUCAACCAAAGUCCAGGUAAUAGGUCUUCAUCCAUGGACACAGCGGUGUUUAUCCUCGGUCUCUGCUUCCCCGUCGCUAACCUCUUCCGCGCUAUGGUCGUCGGCCUCAAUGUCUGGGCCGCAGGAUGUCGUGGCGAUGCAGUGAUAAGCUAUCCCGGCAACAUCCACGCCUACGGCGGCCCGAUUCUUCUCCUCUGUAUCCAAGUCACGUACUUGUUUGCUCUCCUGCUGUUACUUGACGGAAGAACAUGGACGCUUCGAAGUCUGUGGGCAGAGUAUAUCGUUCCAUUAUAUCAGAAGAAGAGAAUGAACGCGAAGGAUGUUCACAUUGAGAUGACGCCGAUGGUCAAGUCUCGAGGCAUGAGCGGGAACUUGGUCGAUGUUGAUCAGAUAUACAAGUCAUUUGGCGGUAAUGUUGCUGUUGAUGGUGUUUCUCUCACGAUGGCAAAAGGAGAGCUACUCGCACUUCUGGGACCCAACGGCGCUGGUAAGACGACUACCAUCAACAUGAUGCGAGGUGAAGUCCGCCCAGAUUACGGCAACAUCUACAUCAAAGGUGUGGACAUGCAGAAGGAUACCCGAGCUGGGCGACAGAGCAUAGGCUGUAAGCAUCGUCGUCUACUUGAUCCUUUCACCUACUGAUGGAGUGAUAGAUUGCCCACAAUUCGACGCUUUGGACCAGAUAACCGUGCGCCAGCAGCUAGCUUUCUACGCUCGCGUGAAGGGUAUCGCAGAUGUACAGCGGAACGUCAACUUGGUCAUGUCAAAGGUUGGACUGAGGCCUCACGCCGACAAGCUGACAUCUCGAUUGUCUGGCGGAAACAAGCGAAAGUUGAGUUUGGCUAUCGCGCUGCUAGGCAACCCACCGAUUCUCAUCCUUGAUGAACCGAGCUCAGCGAUGGAUCCCAUAUCCAAACGUGACAUGUGGGCUAUGCUAUCAGGCAUUUCAUCAACUCGCUCAGUGCUGUUGACGACGCACUCGAUGGAAGAAGCAGACAUGCUAGCAACCCGCGUCACCAUUCUCUCCAAACGCAUCCUCGCCGCCGGCACAAUCCAAGAACUCCGCAACAGACACAGCAACUCCUACGAAGUACACUUAGUCUUAGAGUCAGCACCAACAUCAGACCAAGUCGAGAUGCAAAAGGUGGAAGCAUGGAUUCGCCAGACAUUCCCAGGCGCCAACUUUAGAGGGUUGAGUCUGGGCGGACAGCUUCGCUUCAGUAUCCCGGCGAAUAGCACUGCUGAUGAGGCUUUUGCUAUGUCCCAGAAUAGAAAGGGCCAGGUUGUUGAGGUGAUUGAGACUUUGGAGCGGAACAAGAGGAGUAUGGGGGUUGCGCACUAUACUGUUAGUAUGGGGACUUUGGAGAUGAUCUUCUUGAAGAUUAUUGAGGAGUAUAUUUUGUAUUAGCCUUUUAAUCAUAGAUCUAGCGUUUCUUUUAUCAACUUUCUUUCAAGCAUUCAUGACUUCACAAUUAGAUCCCAUGCAUAAAUCCAGCAA